AUGCAGUCGGACAUGGAUUGUCCGUGCGAGAGACUCGUGGUGGCGGUCGGCAAGGAUAACGGGUCGAAGGAGGCCAUUCGAUGGGCCGUCGCCAACAAGAUUCGGUCGCCCAACGACGUCCUUAUCUUGCUCCACGUCGUCUCUCGGUUACCAGGACCAAUGGGCACGGAGAUAUACCAGAGCGAGGUGAACAACACGCUGUUCGUGCACUAUGUGCGCACCGUGGUGCAGCCCAUGAUGUCCCUCCUCAAGUCCUCCAUCAGCGCCCAUGUGAACGUUCAGAUGAAGCUCUCGCGCAACAACCAUCGCGACAAAGGAACUAUGGAGGAAGCCCGCAACCUGCGCGCCACCACGCUCGUUAUCGGCAGCAACGGCCGUUCCUCCCUCUUCUCCUCGAAGCCCAAGGUGUCGGCCUUGGGGCAAUACUGUGCCAAGUACCGUCCGUACGGCAUGGCGGUAUGCGUGAUAGACAAGGGCGGCAAGCUCGUGCUUUCCAAGGAAGCCGACGCGCCUUCCUCUGUCACCAACAGCGGCAGCCCCGCCUCGUCCGGCCGAGCCUCCGGCCAGAUCAGCCCCGGCCAGUCCGGCCGAUUCCAACGGCAGGCUGGCGGAGGGUCAGGCCCGGGAACCGGGACGAGCACUCCCAGCAGCAUGGAUGGCGGCGGGGGAUUCCCAAGGAGGGCGGGAAGUGCUGCUGGGGGCAUGAGUGGCGGCAUGGGUGGCGGCGGCGGUGGGAGUUUUGGUGGUCGUGGCGGUGGGUCGAUGGGUGGGACACCGGGGGCGUCGGGUGUGCUGGAACCCACGUACAGCGGAACGUUUGGCGACGGCUCUGAUGGGGCCCCGCCAGCCUUGGACCCUCUCCGCACCUCCCCUGCACACGCCCUCAACCCCUCCCGCCCGCCCUACGCCUCAGACGCGCGCGCCUCCCCCUCACGCGCCGCCAUGCCCACUCCCCCGCUCGACCCCGGCGCCCCCGGUCCCCUGCGCCCCUCAGGGCUGGGCCCGCGCGGAUCCAUGAACGAGCGCGCCAUGGGGGGGGGAGGGGGAGGGGGAGGGUUCCCCAUGAGCGCCAAUGGCAGCGGCACCAUGCUGCCAGUGUAUGGGUCCCAGCCAAGCAUGGCGGGCGUAGGCAUGGGGGCCCCAGGCAUGGGUGCGGGUGCAGGGAUGGGUGGGGGUGGCGGGCCAGUGGGAAUGAGCUCAUCUGGUUCCCCCAGCACCAGCGGAUCCACCAAUCUGCUCCUCUCCGGUCGCCGCUUCCCCCGCGCCGGCUCCUCAGACUCCUCCCCCACCUCCUCCGCCUCCUCCCCCAGCUGGAACCGCCCUGGGGCCGCCCCUGGCGGCGGUUCUACUGGGGGUGGUUUCCAGCAGGGACAGGCGCAGGGGCAGGGACAGGGGGGGAUUCAGGGGCAGGGGGGGAUUCAGGGGCAGGGGGGGAUUCAGGGGCAGGGGGGGAUUCAGGGGCAGGGGGGGAUUCAGGGGCAGGGGGGGAUUCAGGGGCAGGGGGGGAUUCAGGGGCAGGGGGGGAUUCAGGGGCAGGGGGGGAUUCAGGGGCAGGGGGGGAUUCAGGGGCAGGGGGGGAUUCAGGGGCAGGGGGGAGUGCAGGAUGCAGUGGGAGUGGGGCUGGCAGCAGGGCUGCAGGGGGAGGCGCUGGAGGAUUUCGUGGCGUGGAGGCGGGGCAACCCCAUGGCGUCGUACGUGCAGCAGCAGGAGUACAUUCUCGAUGCCCACAGGCGCAUGGCUGCUGGCGGCGGUGGUGGUGGUGGUGGUGGUGGUGGUGGUGGCAUGAUGACGAUGCAGCAGCAGCAGCAGCAGCAGCAGUGGAAGGGGCAGAUGCCAGUGCUGACGCAUAUGAACUCUCUGGGCUCUGGCACGUCUGGCGAUGAGGCUAGUGACGACCUGCGCAAGGAGCUAGAGCGCAUGCGCCUGCGCGCCGCCGAGGCGGAAGCAGCCCAGGCGGAAGCAGAGCUGCGCGCGCAGCGGCUGAUGCUGGAAGCGCAGUCGUCCGUGCGGCAAGUGGAGGCAGCGCAGCGGCAGAAGGAGCUCGAGACGGCCGCACGCGUGGAGCAGGCAGCUCUCGAGGCGCUCACGGCGCAGGCUGCAGCGGAGGAGGCGCGGCGCGCUGCAGAGGCAGAGUUACAGAGGAAGGACGUGGCGAGGAGGGAGGCUGCGGCUAAGGCUGCGGAGCUUGAGGUGCAGGCGAAGCGGCGGAAAGAGGCGGAGAUGAGGGCGCUGAAUGGUGGUGUUGGCGGGAGCUCUGUGGGGAGCAGUGGGAGCAAUGGGAAGGGCGGCAGCGGAGGUGGAUCGGGGGGUGCGGGCACGGGAGCGGGAGGGGAGGGUGUGGAGGGGAAGGAGGGGGAGGGAGAGAGUGAGGAGCGGGCUGUGGUGCAGGAAGGGCCGUUUGUGGAGCACACGUGGGAAGAGAUGAAGGCGUGCACGGAGGGCUUCAGUGAGCAGCGCAAGAUAGGAGAGGGAGGGUUUGGCACAGUGUAUCUGGGCACGCUGCACCACACACCCGUGGCAGUCAAGGUGCUCAAGAGCCGCGACCACCACAAGGCCAAGUCCGAGUUCCGCCAAGAGGUGGCGGUGCUGAGUCAGAUCCAGCACCCGCACGUGGUGAUGCUGCUGGCCUGCUGCUCGUCCCACUUCUGCCUUGUCUACGAGUACAUGGCGGGGGGCAGCCUCGACGAGCGCCUGCGCUGCACCAAGGGCACGGCGCCGCUCCUCUGGCACUCGCGCCUGCGCAUCGCAGCAGAGGUCGCAUCCGCCCUCCUCGUCCUCCACAACCGCCCCGUGCCCAUAGUCCACCGGGACCUCAAGCCCGCGAAUAUCCUCCUGGAUAAGAACCUAGUGGCGAAGCUCGCAGAUGUGGGUCUCGCCAGGCUCAUGCCCGCAGCAGACGACUCCUCCGGGAACGGCAACGCCGUCAUGCGGACGUACGCGCGGGAAUCCGUCGCUGUCGGCACCUUUGCCUACAUGGACCCGGAGUUUCAACGCACGGGGGAAUAUGGCCCGAAAUCCGAUGUCUACGCGCUCGGAAUCGUGCUGCUGGACCUUCUCACGGGCCUGCGUCCGAACGCGUUUGAAGGGCUGGAAGAUGCGGUGGACGACGAGGACGAGGAGGCUCUCGCGGCUCUCCUGGACAAAACCGCUGGCGACUGGCCGGUGCCGUUGGCCAUGGAGCUUGCAAAGAUGGCGCUGAAAUGCUCCGAGAUGCGCAGGAGGAGCCGGCCAGAUCUGGCGACGGUCGUGAUGCCGGUGCUGGAGAAGGCGCGAGAGGUGGCUGCUAAAGUGGAGGAGGAGAUGGAGGGGAAUGCGUGGCGCGCCGGUAGCUUGCCCAGUCCGCACAAGCCGGCUAGCUGCUUCUUCUGCCCGUUGACCAAGGAGGUGAUGCAGGAUCCAGUGCUGGCAGCGGACGGGCACACGUACGAGCGCGCAGCGAUCUCCAAGUGGCUGGCGGAGGGCAACAGCACAUCGCCCAUGACGCACGAGGCGCUGCCCAACACCGAUGUCAUGCCAAACCACGCCAUCCGUGCCAUGAUCACCGAGUGGCGCUCCGGCAAGUAG